AUGAAUCCGAACUCCACACAUGAUGUACCUCCAUGGAGCGAAAUCAAAGGGUUAUGGCUGGGUUCUAUGAUAUUCUCCUACACGUUUUCAAUACUGGUUGGAUACAUUUUCGUUUCAAACUUGUAUUUUUUAAUCAGCGUUCGUCGCGCACUAAACCAUAGUGUGGCACAAGUUACUACCAGUCGAAAAUGCAAUAUAGCAAUGGACAUUUUAUUCUUCGUUGCAAAUCUGGCGAUUUUCCUUUUUAUUUCGAUGGAGCUGCCGUUAGUCACAGUUCAACAUGGGAUAUUCUGUGCUGUUUAUGAGAAAAUCAAAUGUGCCUGUUUUGGACUCGCCCAACUUGGCGUGUACUCGGUAUUUUGGCUUCGACUUUUGACGGCAUUUUACCUCAACACGAUACUAAGAAAUCACAUCAGCAAAGUUAUGCAAAUGUUUGUGAGGGCAACAUGCUGGUUUCUAAUAAUUAUGACAAUCGUUAACACAUCAAUAUUUCUAUAUGCGCCGCCUUACCUAACCAGUCGUGUUGGUUGUUUAAAAGUAAGCAGCAUUGGCGGUUUUCAUCCAAAGUGGGCGGUACUUAUUAUAACGACAACAUUUUGUCAAGGUUGUCUUCUGUUUUAUUUCAUGUAUCCCAUUCUACUGCACAAGAAAAGUAUGAACAUGACUGGAGUGAGGACGAAGUCAUUAGUCACGCUUGUUAAAAAACUUCUCAUUGUAAUGAUAAUUUGUAUGACCUCAAACUUUAUCGGAUACUCAUUCCUUGCCUUUUACAAAAGUGUCACCGCGUACGAAACACACUUGGUUUUUAGUAUUGGGCUGCUUAUUCAUCUUCUGGCUUUGGUGUUCUCUUUUAAAAACUGGCAACGUCGCAUUUUUCCAUUUUUGAAAAAUACUUCUAAAACUAUGGAUUCUAUUAAAUCGGUCAGUCGUACAACUGCGCGUACCCAGGUUUAA